AUGGCAAACUCCCCGCCACUGACGAAAUCGGCUCCUGGGAGCAACGAACAGGAGAUCAUCUCCAUGAGUACCCCUGGAGAUUCUACUUAUCGUCUUUCAUCAAAGAAGGUAUUUAACCCAGCUUCCAUUCGCAUGGAAGAUGGCUACAACGAGAACUAUCUCGAGCCCACAAUAGCGGCUCUCAAAGAGAUACCAGAUCUUAUUUACAAGGAACUUGAAAUCAUGUUUUUCGAGGAUGCCGCAGCAAAUAUACGGAUGUGUUCAGAUCUCAAGAUUGGAUGGCGCGCAGAUCACUGCAUGACAGUAAUCAACACACCACGGGUUUCAGAGCUUAUAGUUGGACCCUAUCAUCUUGACGACUGGUCAAAUAAACAAGUAAUGGUCUAUUUUGAACAUGAGUCAGCCGACAUCUUGGACAGCCAAAGGAUAGCCAGGUAUAUAUUCCGAGCGUGGUUACGACUCCACAACGGCCGACCAUUCUUCCAGCGCGGUGGCUUUUUCGGAAAACCUUUACUCUUGACAGAACAUGGCCCUCAGAAUCUUGAACAGCUCUCGGCCUCUCAUGCAGAUCUCUCUGAAUACGUAUCCACUCAUGUAGAGCACUUGGUGGAGUUUAAGCAUGGGAGAAACUGGCGUUCUAGUUACCCAGGAGAACAACCACCUAAGGACGAAACCCCAGGCGACAUACGAUCUUGGCAGGAGCAUGGCUACCACAUGUCCCAUCUGUUCCGCGCUCUGUAUCUGGUUGUUGACGAGCAGUCGAUGAUAGUGAAGGCAGCCCCAUACUACAACACAAAACGGUUGAAAAGCUGGGACAGGAUUCACGACAUGGAACGCCCUGUGGAGAGACAGCUGGCUAAAUGUACAAUUCUCCUGGUCAAAACGGGGGAUGAUGCACAUCUGUCAUCACCCAUUAGUUUUCUCCCUCUGUUCGAGGCAGGGCUAGCGUCCAACGUGAACCGCGACGACUACUCUGGCGGUUCUGGAGACGAAGAAACUGCCGUUAGAGUGAGUCUCGACGUCGCGGUUCGUUUUGUGUGGGAUUUGCUGCAAAGGGAGAAGGAGGUCUUUAAUGAACUGGCCAAGAGAGACCAAGUGUUGGAACAGGAACAAAAUAAUCGGUUUCAAGAUUGGCUGAAAGAUAUGGUGUCUCAUUCUGAGGAAGUGGGAAUGGAUCAUAACCUCUAUAUGUGGUUUGCCUGCCGUCGUGCUCUUGCGAGGGCAAAUAACGAGGCUUUUGACGAAAACCAGUCAACAAGCAAGAAAAUCUUUCACUCUUUUGUUUUUCUCCCUCAAGCAUCUCUUUGUGAUCUCUGCUUCCGCCCUCUCUUCAAUUCUUCGCUGCGUCUUCGCCGCGGUCUUUUCCCCUUUCCAACUCUUCAAGCGUUCUUUAUCUUCGCCAACACCUUCGCGAUGGCUUCGCUCGAUCACAUCGCGACCGUCUUCUCUCAGUACAAGUACAAUCAGAAAGUCGGCUUCGAAGGCGUCAAUGGCAUACCCUGCCUGGGCUGUGUUUCAAGCAUCGAUCUUGAUGUUCGCUGCGUCUGUAUUGCGGAAUGUAACAGCAAAAGCGUCAUUUGCAUUCUCUGCCACGACAAAAGCAAGGCCUGUGGCUCGAUCCCUUCCGAGCUUCUCGGAGCGGCCCAAUGGUACCGGAACUUCAUUGCCUGUCGGGCUCACCGUGAUCCCAAAUUGGGAGAUAGCCGGGAGGUUUCACCUGCGUUAACCGGACAUGAGCUCUGGCAACUCCGUCGUGCUCUUGAUGAUUACGGGCCUGCGUGGAGACAACUGGAGAUGCAUCUCAUGAACUCAAACAACGUCGAAAUCAUGGCUCUUCAAGAGGCAAUUGCAAACCGUGAGAUUCUCACUCUCUCCAUACUUCAAUCUGCCGGCCUCAUCACCAACCAAGAACUCCAGCGCCGCAUUACCGCUGCUGGGCCACCUUACGCUCGCCCCAGCGGCUGUGUUCAAACUCUUCGAAACGCCUUUCGUCUCUUGUCCGGUUUUGAUAGGGUGGCAGUGCCAGCUGGUAAGGAACACAGGUAUGACUCUCUGCCUCGCGACAUCCCUCAGAGGGUCAUCAAAAGGUUGGUAUUUCUUCACCUUUGUCCAGCCCCUCGCGGUUUAGUCGUCCACUCUGGCGGCAUGCCUGUUCUCGAUGGUCAAAUGUGA